GACCCUACACAGCUGUCUCAGCGGAUUUGGGCGUGCGGGUGGAGGGAGUAUCUUCGUCAUUGUUCAAGUCGAAUGCACUCGCUGUUGGGCGGCGUGAGUAGGGAUUUUGUUGUGUGCAUUGGUACACUUAAAAACCUAAUCCACUGGUAAAGGACUCACAAAAUGGCGAGAUAUGCGGGCGGGCCGCGCGCCAGCCGGGAUGUCGCAGCAUGGCUGACCUGCUCAGCUACGGCGACGACGACAUCAGUCGGCUGUUCCCCAAGUGUCGCGUCCAGGGCCGCCCGGCGUCCGGCUGGCCCGACGAUGUGAACGCCAACCGCGACCUGAUCGACCUGACCGAGUCGCCGCGCGCCGCCGCCACUCGCCGCCGGCCCGACCGCAACGGCAACGCCACUGCCAUGGACGAGCUGCCCGGCGAAGACUCGGACUCGCGCGCCGGCCGGCCGGGCGCGCGCGACUCGCGCAUCGAGCUGGCCGGCGGCCGCGAGCUGUUCUGCCAGAGCCGCAGCAGGCCGGGCAAGCGGCGCCCGGCGGCGGGCGGCCGAGGCGAGCGACGCCCGCCGGCCGGCCCGCCGCCGGCAGAGCCGGCCGGCGCGCUCCACCUGGCCAUCCUCGGCUUCCAGCCGAUCCGCGAGACGGCACUGGUCGGCAUGGCCGGCGAUGGUCUCUCAGUGGGAGAGACGCCCGUCCAGGGCCGCGUCGUGUUCGACGACAUUGACUGCGCCCCGGCGCCGGCGCCGCCGCGUCAGCAGAACGGCCGAGCCUCUGGCGGCCCGGCCGAGGACGCCGUAGUCGGCUGCGAGGCCGCGCGCGUGAUCGGCGCCGUGCCGAUCGCCGAGUACGAGGGCUCGCCGCGCCGCCGGCCGCCGCCGGCGGCCGCGUGCGCGCUGUCGCUGGACGGAGCGGCGGCCGGUGGCGAGCCGAGCCGGAACUUCACGCUGUCGCCAGAGACGACCGAGUGCGACUCUGGCGAGGUCGAGUCGGAGCUGUCGGAGGGUAGCCUGCCGUCGAGCGGCCGCGUCUGCCCGGCCAUGCCCGUGCUGGAGGACGGCCUGUCGGACGGCGAGCGCACCGCGUCCGAGGACGAGGACGAGCCGCCGCCUCCACCUCCGCCGCCGCCCCCGCCUCCGCCGCCUCCCCCGUCCCCGCCCCCGCCUCCGCCGCCGCUGAUGCCGCCGGUCGACGCCACAGCUGCGCUCAUCCGGCACCACCUCAGUCAGCUGGAGGCAGAAAGGAGAGCUCCUCCGCCUCCGCCGCCGCCGCCGUCACCGCCGGCACUACCACCGCCGCCGCCGCCACCACCACGUUCGCCACAGCAGCAGCAGCAGCAGCAGCAGCAGCAGCAGCAGCAGCAGCAGCAGCAGCAGCAGCAGCAAAGGGCCCGUUACGGCAGUGGCGGUCUGGAUCUUCGGUCGCUGGACCCGCUUGGCUCGGCCGGCUGCUCGCCGCCGCCGCCGGCGCCGCGCGCCACUGGCUCGCCGCCGGUCGGGCCGCCGGCCGCCUCUCCGGCGCACGCGGCGGCGCCGGAGUCGGUGCAGGCCGCCAUCCAGGACAUCCGACAGGCUAUCCGACGGACGCGCGCGCUGCCCGUCAGAACGUCACCGGCGGCCGAGGAGGAGGCCGCCAGGCAGGAGCGCCCCGUCUGGAUACCCAGACGCUCCGGCUACCAGAAGCUGUCAACGCAGUGUGACGACCCGCCGCCGGCGCCGCGCCACGAGAACGAGGAGGCGGACACGGAUCAGGAGACGGACCGACUGCUGGGCCAGCAGCGCACGGUCGGCGCCGACCCGGCUGGCCUGGACAAGAGCUGGCGGAAGUCGCGGCCGCGCAUCCCCAAGUCCCACACGACGGGCGAGCUGGCUCCCGCAUCACCGAGCGUGGCCGACGCUCGGCUGAAGGAGAGAGAUGCCGUCAGAAAGAGGGGCAAGUCGAAGGAAGUGUACAUCCACGAACCGGCAGUACUGAUCGAGGGCGUGCUGUUCCGGGCGCGCUACCUCGGCUCCACGCAGCUCGUCUGCGACGGCCAGCCCACCAAGGCGACGCGAAUGCUGCAGGCCGAGGAGGCCGUCUCCCGCAUCAAGGUGGGCAGACCGGGCUGCCGGCGCGUGCGCGCGCACGGCCACUCCUCGCUGCCCGCCGCUCCUUCCCUCUCUGUGCGGCGCCGGCCCGCUCCGCCGGCUGCCGUGUGCCUGCUAUGUGCUGGACCCGCGCUCUUCGCCCCGGGCCGAGCCGUCUCGCCGCCGGCGGCGCCCGGCUCCCUCUUCCACCUGCGCUACCUGGGCGCCAUGGAGCUGGACGAGCGGCCCGGCGACAGGCGCCGCCGCCGCCCCAAGAAGGACAUGGUCCAGGAGGCCAUCGCCAAGAUCCGGGUCCCGGACGGCGAGACUCAGCCCAGCACGGACGUCGACCUCUUCAUAUCAACUGAGAAGAUCAUGGUGCUCAACACGGACCUCAAGGAGAUCAUGAUGGACCACGCGCUGCGGACCAUCUCGUACAUCGCCGACAUCGGCGAGCUGGUGGUGCUGAUGGCGCGGCGCCGCGUCACGGCCGACAUCACCAGCGAGCCGCACACCCUGCCCAAGAUGAUCUGCCACGUGUUCGAGAGUGACGAGGCGCAAUUCAUCGCUCAGUCGAUCGGGCAGGCCUUCCAGGUAGCUUACAUGGAGUUCCUCAAGGCGAACGGCAUUGAGGACCACAGUUUCGUGAAAGAGAUGGAUUAUCAGGAGGUUCUUAACUCACAAGAAAUAUUUGGAGAGGAGCUGAAAAUGUUUGCGAAAAAAGAGUUGCAGAAAGAGGUGGUGGUGCCCAAGCAGAAGGGCGAGAUCCUGGGCGUGGUGAUCGUCGAGUCGGGCUGGGGCUCGCUGGUCCCGACGGUGGUGAUCGCCAACCUGGCGCCGGCCGGCGCCGCCGCCCGCUGCGGCCUACUCAACAUUGGCGACCAGAUCAUUGCCAUCAACGGCGUCAGCCUGGUGGGCCUGCCACUGGCCAGCUGCCAGACCUACGUCAAGAACGCCAAGCAGGCGACCGUGGUGAAGCUGACGGUGGUGCCGUGCCCGCCGGUGGUGGAGGUGCGCAUCCGGCGGCCCGACACCAAGUACCAGCUGGGCUUCAGCGUGCAGAACGGCGUCAUCUGCAGCCUGCUGCGCGGCGGCAUUGCCGAGCGCGGGGGCGUGCGCGUCGGGCACCGCAUAAUCGAGAUCAACAGCCAGAGCGUGGUGGCCGUGCCGCAUGAGCGGAUCGUCAGCCUGCUGGCCACCUCCGUCGGCGAGAUCCACAUGAAAACCAUGCCAACAUCGCUGUUUCGGCUGUUGACGGGCCAAGAGUCACCCGUGUACAUCUGAGCGCGUCUUCGUACGUUCCUACGCGCCGCUAGUCAGCCGUCGGACUUGCGCCUCGUAUAUCAUGGGCCGUUGCGUGUGUCGGCCCGUUGCGGGCGCGACCGGCGGCCGGCGGGUUGGCCGGGUUGUGAUAGCGCCGGCGGCCGCCCGGCGCGCGCCAGGUGCCAUACCGGACCGGGCCGCCGCCCCGCGCUGCGACCGUCCGGCGCGCACCAGGUGCCAUACCAGGCCAGGCCGGGCUGCCGCCCUCCCCGCUCCGUGCCGCGGCCGCCGUCGGCCGGCGCCGGCAGGGACGCGGCUGCGGCCGGACCCCCGCCGGCCGUUUAUUUUGUGUGAUCAGCUUAUGGGAAGUGUUGUGAAUACUCGUCGCGGCGCGGACGUCGGCGUUCAAUGCUGGCGACCGGGCGACGCCUCGCCGCGUCAGCCAGUAUCGAUGCGGGCAAAGUAAAUACAUUGGAAGUGAAAG